AUGUGUUUAGUGAUUCGCCAUUAUGUCACCUUGCAACACGGAAAGCGACGAUGACAUCGUCAUCACGGGCAUGUCGGGGCAGUUCCCCAACUCGCGCUCCGCGAAGGAAUACAUCGAUCAGUUGCUGAACAAAGUGAAUCUCUGCGAUGAGGACGAACGACGCGGAAAGAUCGACCACCCUGAGAUCCCCAAACUGGGGGGACGACUUUGGGAGGUCGAACUUUUCGAUCCGGGUAGCUUUGGAAUCCAUGCAUUCCAGUCAAUAUACACUGAUCCUAUGGGACGCAUCUUUCUGGAACAAGUAUACCAAGCACUAUUCGAUGCAGGUAUACAUCCGGAUGAAUUGAAAGGGACCAAAACCGGCGUCUUUACCGGCGGUUGCGCCUCCGAGUAUGAAUUGUGCUUUUACAAAGGGAUCAAGGAGGAUAAUAAUAUUAUUCCUGGUGCCACCCGUUCCAUGAAUGCACAGAGGGUGAGUUACUGCCUUCAAGUGAAUGGCCCAGCAAUGAAUUUGGACACAGCAUGUAGUAGUGGAAUGUAUGCUUUGGAUGCGGCAUAUAACGCUAUUCGUCAAGGACGAUGCGAUCAGGCCAUAGUUGGCGGAACCAAUUUGUGUUUGGAUCCUUACUUGACUCUGCAAUUUGCAAGAUUAGGAGUACUUAAUAUUGGAGGCGGAUGUCGUCCAUUUGAUAAUGACGCAACUGGUUAUACUCGCUCUGAAGCUAUUGUUGCAAUGGUGCUUCAGAAACGCCCGGAAGCAAAGCGAAUUUACGCAAAACUAGUUCACGCGAAAGCCAAUGCGGACGGUUUCAAAUCGCAAGGCAUUACGUUUCCAUCUUUUGAUGGUCAACUUGCCGUUUUGAAAGAAGUCUAUUCCGAGGGAAAAGUGGAUCCUAAAGAAAUCGGAUUCUUAGAGGCACACGGAACGGGCACCAGGGUCGGUGAUCCAGAAGAACUCACUGUCAUUGACGAGUUCUUCAAACCGACCAAGGAAGCCCCGCUUAUGAUUGGCUCCGUAAAAGGCAACAUUGGACACACGGAACCAUCGGCCGGUUUGUGUUCAAUGGUAAAAGUUAUGCACGCGUUGAACACUGGACAAAUUGCUCCAAACAUUCAUUACGAUAAACCUAGAGAAGGUGUAUCCGCGUUGGCGGAACAACGAUUGAAAGUUCUAACAGAAGUGACACCUUUCCCGAAAGAUAAGAAAUACGCGGGUGUUAAUAGUUUUGGUUUUGGCGGCGGAAAUGCGCACGCCAUUGUAGAAAGAUAUUUUAAAAUUAAUCCGGAGAGAUCUCAACCUGUAAAAUCAAGAUUGGUUUGUUACAGUGGCCGAACGCAAGCUGCUUUGGAUACAAUUCACGAUGAAAUAGCAAAAUGUAAAGAUGUAGAAUAUCUCGGUCUUUUGCAGGAAUCAUUUAAAACCAAUAUUGAUACUCAUCUAUAUCGAGGGUAUACAAUUGUUGGUAAGAAUGUGAGGUCUUCUAUGAAGGCACCAUAUUCAGGAGAUGACAAAAUAAAGUUGAUAAUAGGCAACUUUACAUCAGCCAAAUGCAUUGAAAAUCUUAAACAAAUUCCGCUGCUGAAAAGUAUUCUAGAACAAAACAAAGGUGAUCCUAAGGUUGUACUCUUACAAGCAUUUAAAGGGCUUUGUUUACCAGUGGAACCUUUCACAAGCACUAAACCAGAAGUAAUUGAGGAAUGGAUCAAAUCAACUUCCAUUUAUUCUUACAAGGGAACCAUUGUACUUUUGGGCAAUGCCACAAUUCCUGCACACCUAAAGAAAAAAUGCAACCUUAUUACAUUUGGUGAUGACCUCAAAGAAGACAGUUUCUUAUGUAAUGUUGGCAAACUCUACGAAUUGGGAUUCCAGCCACAAGUUUACAAGCUUUAUCCACGGAAUAAUUAUCCUGUCAGUGCCGGUACUGACAUGCUUGGUCACCUGCUCAAGUGGAAGCACAAACCGAUUAAUAUGAUCCGAUGGGCAAAAGAUGUUGUCUUCCAAGCAGAGCGCGUCGAUGUUAUUAAUGCAGUUAAUAAGGACCAUGCGUACAUUCGUGGUCACAUGAUUGACAAUAGGAACUUAUUUCCGGCUACAGGCUAUAUUAUCCACGUUUGGAACCUAUACGCCGAUUUAAAUGGUCUUUAUUCACAAGGUCUUGGCGUUGUUUUCGAAAAUCUUCGAUUCCAUAGAGCAUGUACGCUUACUGAUAUCGAUCUGGAAUUGUACAUAGUUGUGGAACACAAUGGUAAUUUUGAAGUGUCUGAAAAUGGCGCAACUGUUGUUACCGGAAGGAUCCAACGGUACGACGAAAAAACAGAAGGCAGUGAGGCAUUUAUUACUGAUGAAGAAGAACAACGUGAUAGUACUGCAGACCAGUAUAUUCUGACGGCUAAAGAUGCCUAUCGUGAAUUAAGAUUGAGAGGAUAUAAUUACGGUGGAUUGUUCCGUGCAAUAGAGGAAGUGACCCCCACCGUUGCUACCAUUAAAUGGGACAACAACUGGGUUACUUUCCUGGAUAACAUGAUGCAAGUGUGUAUUUUGAAUCAGGACACAAGAAGUCUCUACGUGCCAGUAGGACUUGAACGUUUGGUGCUUCGGGCACAAAAUCAUAUGGAUUAUGUCAAUGCCAAGGAGGAUAAAUUGGUCACGGUUCGUUUCUUCAAAGACUGCAUGACGGUACGCUCCAAAUACAUCGAAAUGCGUGGACUGAAUGCUAAGUCAAUUGCCCGAAGAAAGGAACGUCUGGUACCCGUAUUAGAGAAUUAUCAGUUUGUUCCAAAUGACUACACCACGAAUCUUGCUACUUCGGUUAGGAUAAAUAUUCAAUUACUGCUUGAAUCUAAGCAAACCGUGAGUUUUACAGUCGCUGAACUGGUAGGAGACGAUGAAAGUGAAGACUCGGUAAUCACAAAUCAAAUUUGCAACGCCAUAGAAGAUCUUCCUCUUGUGAUUCCUGAUAUGACUAUCAUUACCAAGAAGGAAGGUCUUGAAGUACCUAAUUGCAAAAUUGAAGCUGAAUUAACAGAACCAAAACUUUUGUUGGUUUGUAAGCAGCCGUGUGAAACAUUAUUCGAUGACAUUGACAAGUAUUUGAUUCCCGAUGGAUUUAUGAUGUGUUUCUGUUCUAAAGAGCAAUCAUUCCCAGAAUCUUUGGUGGUCCUUACAAAACACACCAUUAUUCUUGAAGAAAACAGUACUAAAUAUCCGAUUGUGUACUUUUUACGGAAACGACUUCCGGCCGCAUCUAGAACAAUAACCAUAGACAUUUCCAACUCAGAAGAUAUGAGUUGGCUAUGGGCUGCUCAAGACGCAAUGAAAACUGACGCGGGUGUAGUUCUUGUUGCACAAAACAACUACAAAAACGGAAUAUUAGGUUUUACGAAUUGUUUAAAUAAGGAACCAGGUAGUGACAAGGUUAGCUGCAUCUUCCUUCAAGAUAAAUCGGUACAGUUUGAUGAAAACAAUAACGCCAAUGAUGCGGUUCAAAAACAGCUCAAUAAACAAAUGAAAAUCAAUGUAUUCAUGGAUGGGCAAUGGGGAACCUACCGACAUUUGUUAUUAUCCGAUUCGGAUAAGGUGUUAUCACAUCAUUGGUUUGCUAAGACAUUGAACCCAGGUGAUUUAUCAACGUUGUGUUGGACUCAAGGACCAAUCCGACCAGAACACCAAGCUAAAAUGAAGAUUAUGUACGCCGCACUAAAUUUCCGUGAUUUGAUGCUUGCUUCCGGCAAACUAUCACCUGAAGCAAUUACGACUGAUCGUUUAAUCCAAGAUCGUUUGCAAGGCUUUGAAUAUGUCGGUUAUGACAAUAAGGGUAAACGAGUUUGUUCCAUGGGUGCCGGAGGUAUUUCAAACUUAGCGCAAGAUUGUCAUUACAUGCUAGAAAUUCCCGACCAUUUAAGUAUGGAGGACGCGGCGACUGUUCUUGUAGUCUACAGUACCGUUAUGUUCGGCUUGAUUCAUAGAGCUGAUCUACAAAAAGGACAAUCAAUUCUUAUUCAUUCUGGUACUGGGGGCGUAGGUUUAUCAGCAUUGAAUGUCUGCUCUUACUUCAACUGCGAUAUCUUCGUGACAGUCGGUACUCAAGAGAAGAGAGAUUUUCUACGAGAGCAUUAUCCUCACAUCAAAUCGAGUCAUAUUGGUUCUUCACGCGACACUAGCUUCAAAGAGAUGAUUAUGCGCGAAACAAAUGGACGAGGUGUUGAUAUCGUUUUAAAUUCAUUGGCCGAGGAAAAGUUGUUGGCGUCUGUACAGUGUCUCGCACAUGGUGGCUCAUUCGUUGAAAUCGGCAAGUACGAUCUAGACAAAAACAAUGGCCUCUGUUUGGAUUUGGCUAUGCGGGAAUGUAGACAUAUUGGAGUAAUGUUGGAUUCGUGCUUGAUGGAUCAAAGUUGCAGCGGCGUGUUGCACACGCUGUGGGCAAAUGCAUUCCGGGAUGGCUACAUUAAGCCCUUGCCAAGGACGAUAUUCGAAAUGGAUGAGUUGGACAAGGCAUUUAAAUACUUGAGUACCGGUAAACAUAUUGGUAAAGUGAUGAUUCGUAUAGAUCACGAAAAGGAGCAUAAAGUUUUACCAAGGUAUUACUGCGAUCCAAGCAAAUCUUACAUUCUUUUUGGUGGGUUGGGAGGUUUUGGCUUGGAGCUGGCCGAUUGGUUAGUUGUCCGAGGAGCAAAACAUAUUAUUCUCUCUUCUAGGACUGGCAUUACAACCGGUUAUCAGCGUUACCGGAUAGCUAUUUGGCAAGCGUACGGAGUGAAAGUUACAAUUUUAAUGGAAAAUAUAAUUGAUUAUGAUACAUGUUACAAAGCACUUAAGGACAUUCAUGCAAUAGCCCCAAUUGAUGGUAUAUUUAACUUGGCUGUAGUCUUAAAAGAUGCUAUUUUUGAGCAUCAGACUAUUGAAACAAUGAAAGUUUCAAUGGAACCUAAGGCCAUUCUCACCGAACAUUUAGACAAGAUAACUCGUCAACUUUGUCCGAAGAUGAGCACAUUUGUAGUAUUCUCGUCGGUAUCUUGCGGACGCGGUAAUGGCGGUCAAACUAAUUACGGUUAUUCCAAUUCCGUCAUGGAGCGCAUCUGUGAACAACGGCACGCAGCCGGUUUUCCGGCGCUUGCUGUACAAUGGGGAGCAAUUGGUGACGUAGGUCUUCUGGAGGCUCUUCAAAAGGAGCACAACGAAAUUGCUAUCGGUGGCACGUUGCAACAAAAGGUUGGGAACUGCCUUGCGGUGUUUGACGAACUUCUUCUGUCGCGCUGUCCGAUUGUCUCAAGUAUUGUCGUCGCCGAGAAGUUUAACAAGCGUUCUGCAGACUCACCCAUUGAAGCAGUAUGUCGUAUUCUUGGUGUACAGGACGUUAAAUCAGUUAGUCCGCAUACCUGCUUACCUGAACUAGGUAUGGACUCUAUGAUGGCCGUCGAGAUCAAGCAGACGCUGGAGCGUGACUUUGAAGUAUCUCUAACGCCAAACGAUUUAAGAUCACUUACUUUUGCUAAACUGGAGGAGAUGAGCUCGCGAAGUUCAGAAAAACCGGAUGCGGCUAUGGUUAAUACAAACUCAGUGGAAUUAACAAUGUUGAUUCCAGGCAUACAGUUAGCUACGUCCAAAGAGCAAAUUGUAGACUUUAAUCAGGACGCGAGCAAAUGUAAAGGUGAUUUUAUUCUUGCAUUCCCUGGCGUUGAUGCGGACUACAGAGCCUUUGAGAUUAUGUCAAAUAAAAUGAAGACACAUAUGAAGGUGAUUAGUUAUGACAGCAUCACAUUACAACAGAAGAACGUGGACGUUAUUGUUGAUUAUUUAUUCAAAGCUCUGAAAGACGAGAUCAAAUCGUUCAAGUCAUUUAAAUUCCUGGCACAUUCAAUAGGUAACUUUGCCGCCAUUGAACUAAUGAAACGUUUCGAAGCCAUCAACAUCCGGGGGAAACUGAUAUUACUCGAUGGGGCACCGGAUUUGAUGUACAGCCUCUUCGAACUUAUCAAGGGUAAAAGUCAGGAUGAUCUUGAAUGCAACAUGAUUGAAGGUUUGGUGCAAACUACAAUGCCUCAUCAAGAUAUCACAAACCUUAGAGAAACUCUCCUUCAAGGAAAGAACUACGCCGAACGCGUGGAACUAAUGAUGGCAAAAUAUUUUGAUCACACGGAAAUUGCUUUGGUUGAUCAGAUUAGGAGUUUGAUGUUUAGUUUCGAGUCGCGUAUGAUGAGCAUCCCGGCGUAUCAGACACGACCGCAGAAUGAUAAAUUAGCAUCUGAUGUGCUAUUAUAUAAACCUACGGUGGUGGUGAUCAAGAACAUCUCCGAAGAUUACAACCUUAGUGCCUUGUGCGAAAAGGCCGUCCGCGUGGAGACUUAUGAAGGCAACCACUUGUCGAUGUUGCUUAACGACAAGCUGCACAAACAAUUGUCCAUAGAAUUCGAAAUUGCGUCGUGAGGUCAUUGUGAUUAAAGCUAUUUACUUGGCAGGGGAAAUUUCAGUUUAAUAAAUAAAGUAUGGCCGUAUA